GGGCGGGACUUCCUCCGCUCUGAGGAGAUGCCCGUGGGGUACAAGCGAGACAGGAACCCAAAGGCCAAAGCCGGCAGGACGGGCAAGGUAUUCUCUUCAGGAAGGUUAGUAGGUUCUUCCAAACCGUGGAAUGGAAAACAGAGACCAUAUGCUCACAACAACAGGACUGCAAGUGGAAAAGCUUCAACAUCAUCUGUGGAGUCUGGUUACUCUCUGUAUUCCACUGAUUCUGAGGAUCAGGUUACCUAUAUUCAUAAAGGUCUUGACCGAUGUGCAGCUUUAUUGCAGGAUAUCUUGCAAAAUGAUACCGCAAAUUUGAAGACUGCUACUCUAAAUCCAGGAAAUGUUACAAAAUCCAAAGGAAUACUUAGCAAAGGAGAAAGUACUAAAAGGAAGGAAUUUAAGAAGAAUGGCCCUGUUCCACGUACCUCACAUGUACAAAAACAGAUUGUCUCAGUAUCGGAGUUCAAGGUGCUCCCUGGUGCAGCUGAACCAGUUGUGAACAACAAUGGAGCUGAAUUGACAAUGCUGCAGGUCGCAGUUCCAUCCAACAAGCACGUGUCUGUAAUGAAUCAGCCUGUCUCUGGUGAAGUGCAGACACAGAUGUCGCUUAUUAACAGCCAAGCUGCAAAAAGUGCCUCUAAUGGAAUACCAAUGCAGUCUUACUAUGCAGUCAUGGAAUCGGGUUGUCAAGAUGCUCCAAAGUUUAAUUCUCGACUUCCGACCUCCACUCCAGCUUUGUCUCCUCAGAAUGCUGGCCAACCAUUGGUAAUCCAAUCUGCCAUGCCUCAUGAUCUUUACAACCAAACUUCAUCACAGGGAGGAAUGAACUUUUUUCCAAUUUAUACAACUACAGCCCCUGCAAUCCAACCUGUGAUGACUUUUGCUCCAUCUGGAAUCCCUCAUACAAGUCUACAUACUGUGGCUAUGCCUACCUUAAUUCAGCCUCUAAGUGGUGGCGAUGGAGUUGGUACCUUGAUUAACUACGGUGAACAGUGCCUAAAAGAACGAGACCCAUUGAAGUGCAUUCAACAUCAAGUCACCAAGAUGCAAAAUCCCGAGGUAGAACUCCAGCAGAAAGCUUGGCAAACACAGGCACGGGUCCAGGAGUCAUCUGAGUCAGACGAAGAGGGCUGUGAUGGGACUACGACUGAAGAAGAUGACUUAAAUUCAGUAGAUAUAACACCAGUAAGAGACACGAGCUGUCAAACCAGCUUUGACAGACACUUGCAACUGAAAACGAGAAGUCCUGAUAAAACAGCAAAGAAAGUGAGAACUGUGAAAAAUCUUCUCAGUGAACUGAAAACACGGGUUUCUGAUAAAGAUGACUCUGAGAUUAUCAGGUUGAUAAUGGAGCUGGACGAAAGUGUCUCUCUCUUGCCAACCGGGGUUGGAAGCACAAACGUACAAGCAGAAAUAGCUAUCGGUCUUCAGUCUCUGCGUAGUGAGAAUGCACAACUGCGCAGGCGGUUAAGGAUAGUAAACCAGCAGCUUCGAGAGCGAGAAAGAGCUGAGAAAGAAUCUAGGAUCACGGACUGCAACUUUGAACUGAUCUCUUUGCAGUGCAUGAAUACUACACUGCAGACACAGCUUAAAGAGUCUCAGAAAGGACUUGAGUCACUGCAGAGAAAGAAUGAAGAGCUUCUGAGUGUAAUAGAUGAACAGAGUAAAGGGAAUAAACAGCUACUGCAACAAAUGCAAGAGAAAGAACAGGAUCUGUUCCACAAUAGACAGCAAUGUGAGAGGGACACAACUCGGGUCAAAAUGGAAGUCGAUGAAGCUUGCAAAAUGAGGAGUCUUCAACUGAAACUGGAGGCUUCUGAGAAAGAGAAUCAGAUCGUAGGAAUAACACUACGACAGCGUGAUAUGGAAGUGAGCCGGUUACGAGAUCUCACCAGAACCCUGCAAUGCAGCAUGGCAAGACUCGUCUCUGAUCUCAGUAUAGACUGUACGAAAGCCAAACCUGAAACCAGACUGACCAGAAAUCUUCUUGAGGAAUAUAACCAUCAGCUAGAAGAGGAACCAAUCAUGGAUAAAGGCAUAAACUCGGUUGCCAUGUAUCUUAAAAAUCUGGACAUUGAUAAAGCCUGUGCAAUAAGAACAAUAUUACAAUCAGGUGAAAGACAAGAGUCUGAGCCAACUGUUCCUGUUCAAACAUUUACAACUAUUCCAAUGUACUCAACCAAUAAUGCACUUCCCAAAGCUUUUGGAAGGCAACUUAAUUUUCCCAGCCCUAAAAAACUGUAAGUGAUGGCAGUACUUUAGUGGGUGAGGAAUCUAAUCUGGAUGAAACUACUUAUAUUCCAUUGGUUGGCAACGUUUCCAAAAUACAAAACAAACUAUUUGAACAAAGGAAUUGUAUACCACCUCAGUCAAGCAGAGAUUCAAAAAGAUUCAACAUCGACAAUGAAAGUUCUGAUGCAAACUUGUAUAACAGAGCAGGAGCGAUGCCCUCUACAUGGGAACUGCCAGAAAAAGCAGUCGAUGAACAGUUACCUGUUUUGUGUAAAUUACAGGAAAUUGCUGCAACGGAUUGCUCAUCGAGAAUAUUUUUCAGAGCGACUGUGCCAGAAAAUGACCUGAUUCAGAUGAAGCCUUCCGACAUAACUGCUGUUGAUUUUACAGAUAAUGCAUCUAACCUUCCUAAACUAAAUGCACAUCAACAUACUUCUUUGCCACAUGAAAGAAACGGGCUGUUGUUGAAUAAAAGCAGGGUUUCGGCAGUGGAUUCAAGCUUUUCAACCUUUGACUCCAGGUCUGUGAAGUCUGACUGGACCAUGUCAUCUGUUUCUUCAUUUAGUUCUCGUGAUGAGCAGGCAUUCCAAAAUGGUUUAGCCGCCCUUGAUGCUAACAUUGCCAGACUGCAAAGAAGUUUACGGACAGACUUCUUGAGAUGAAUUGACUGAAAAUGUUCAAAACUAAGUUGUUUUUUUUUAAAAGGAUGGGCACAUUACUGGACUUUGUUUUAAUUGAUCAUUAGAAGUGUGAUUUGAUGUUUUUAAUAUUUUUUUUACACUUUUUAUCAGUAUUUUUGCAUUAUUGUAAUUGUGGCCAAUGCAUUUUAGUUUUUAUGUAACUACCAAUUUAAUUUCAGAAAAUAAAGGCUGACGUUUCUUUUU